CUGCCCACCGCCAGCCAGCCUCUCUUUUCGCCGCCAGCACUCUCAAGCAAGCUCAAGUGAAAUAGGCAUCGAUGGCUAAGGCAGCAAGGCUGGUGUUUGUGCCGGUUCCGGGAGCGGGUCACUUGAAACCCACUCUCGAGAUGGCAAAACGCCUUUCGAGCCGCUUCUCCAUCACCAUCCUCGUGAUGCAACCCCCGUUGGAUGCCUGGUCACCCACCAUGAAAUCCAUCAUUACUUCCGCCGCCUCCACCGCCAUCCAAUUCGUCGAGCUCCCGCGAGUCAACUUGUCCUUUGACGACGGUGAAGACGGCCCCUCCAUAUUCUUUCGCUUCAUCGAAGCCCAGAAGCCUGUCGUAGAGGAUGCCAUCGCUACCCUUCCAUCCUCUCUUCCCAUCGCCGCAAUUAUUAUCGAUUUCUUCUGCACUGGCAUAAUUGAUGUCGCAGCUGAACUCGGCAUACCCCCAUACAUCUACUUCACCGCGAGCGCAGCCACCCUCGGCCUCAUGCUCUACUUGCCCACUAUCGAUCUCACGUACCCGUUGGAGAUGGAGAACUUGGCCUCCAAAGGGGAGAUGAUAAAGAUCCCGAGCCUUUCCUCCCCGUUGCCUCCGCUGGCCAUGCCAGAUCCUGUGUUAAACAAGAAGUGUGACGGCUACAAAUGGUUCCUCCACCAUGCCCGCCGGUUCCAAGAGGUCAAGGGAAUCGUGAUCAACACCUUCACCGAGCUAGAACCUAAUGCAAUUCGUGCGAUAUCUGAAGGCCGAUGCGUUCCAGAUCACCCGACACCAGCUAUCUACCCGGUAGGCCCAGUGCUAUCAGUUGGUGAGCAGGAGGAGGGGCAUGAGUGCAUCACGUGGCUCGACGGGCAGCCACAAGGAUCGGUCGUGUUCCUGUGUUUUGGGAGCAUGGGGUUCUUUAACAGGGAGCAAGUGGUGGAGAUCGCGGUGGGGCUCGAGCGGAGUCAGCAUCGGUUCUUGUGGUGCCUGCGAAGUCCGCCGGAGGUGAAGUACCAACCACCACGCGAUGCUGACCUCGGCGCAAUGCUGCCUGAAGGUUUUCUGGAGCGGGCAAAAGGAAGGGGGAUGGUGUGGCCGAGGUGGGCGCCACAAGCGGAAAUACUGGGGCACAAGGCCGUGGGGGGAUUUGUGAGCCAUUGCGGGUGGAACUCAUGUUUGGAGAGCUUGUGGGCUGGGGUGCCGAUGCUCGGGUGGCCAUUGUACGCCGAGCAGAAGUUUAAUGCAUUCGAAAUUACGAGAGAGGUGGGAGUGGCCACGGAAAUCAGGGUGGGAGAUGGUGGGACGGUGGGCGCGGAGGAGGUGGAGAGAGGAGUGAGGUGUUUGAUGGGAGAAGAAGUGGAGGGGAGAAAGGCGAGGGAGAGGGCGAGGGAGGUCAAACAGUUGGGCAGGAGGGCUCUCGAGGAGGGAGGUUCAUCGCGGUUGGCGUUGGAGGCUUUGGUCAAGGAAUUUAUCAAGGAGAUCGAGCUGGUGCCGAAUUGAAGUUUAUGAUGCCAAUUUGGGGUCGAGUUGCUUACAAAUUGAGUCAGAUCAUCUAGUUGUUCUUCUCUUGUGGAAACUCAAUGCAAGGCUUAUGCUGAUGUUUGCGGCUUGCUCGUGUAUGUAGAGUAUAGCAUGAUGAAUUCUUAAAGCUUUAGAAGCUAGUCUAAGAAUAUAUCCUCUUGGAAUAAAACAAAGAUAUAUGUUUGGUGUUUUAAUUAGAUCUUGUUUGGUCCAGCCCCUUAUUUAUAUUUGUUGCAAGAUUUUCUGUGUGAAAUUUAAAAUAAUAAUAAAUAAUAACACAGAAAAAAAAAAAAGCAAUU